AUGACCUCACAACAACAACAGCAAGAUAUCUGGAAUCAAGUAUCCGAAAGUAUGGUUGACAAACUAAUCGACAACAACAAGUACCAACUCGUAGAAGAACUGGGUCGUGGCUCCUAUGGAUGUUUAUUCUUGGGCCAAUCACUGGAAACAAAUGAAUACGUCGCUGUGAAAAUCCUCUGUAAAAAAGGCCUCGAUCCAGCACAACUGGCAUUGCAGCAAUUGGAAAUCGAUAUACAACAAAGCCUUCACCAUGCCCAUUUACUCGGUCUCGAUCAGGUGAUUCAGGAACCUGAUUUUGUCUAUAUGAUUAUGGAGUUGUGUGAUCAAGGCGAUUUAUUCGAAUACGUAGUACAGAAUCCUUAUGAUGUAAAUUGUCAUGUUAUUUUCUUGCAAAUCCUGGAAGCCAUUGACUACAUGCAUCAAAAUAACCUCUACCAUCGCGACAUCAAGUUGGAGAACAUUCUUUUACAAAAGCAAGACUAUAUCAAAGUAGCAGAUUUCGGACUAGCAACAAAGGAACGAUACUCAUUCGACUUUGGAUGUGGUUCAACUACGUAUCUGGGUCCAGAGCACUUUGGCAGCAUUGGAGAUGAAUCUGACCUGGAACAAGAAGACGCACCUUACGACGCCGCAGCUUCUGAUAUCUGGUCCUUGGGCAUCUUGUUGCUGGCUUUAUUGUUUGGCAGAAAUCCAUGGCAAGAAGCGACUGACUUGGAUGUGGCAUUCGCUGAUUACAAGGCAGAUCCCAUGUCGUUGAGGCGCUUGUUUCCUGAUCUUAGUAUUGAAUGCAUGCAUUUCUUGCAAAAGGUACUUGCAAUCGAUCCUGCCAAACGAGUAUCCAUUGGCGAGAUGAAGGCCAUGUUCUGCGAAUUGACUGAUUUGACCAUUGAUCCACAAGAAUCCGAUUACGAGUCAGAGUCAGAACAAGAUGAGAUCAUGCCAUCGCCUGUAGAUAUUCACACUGUACAACACAAGGCUAAUAAGGCAAGCUAUGACUCUGCCAUAUUCAGUCAAGAAGAUGGUGGCGGAAGCUGGUCAGACAUGGUCGAGCAAGAUCUCUUAUGUGGCAUUGAAGACGACUUUGAACACAUUACCUUUGAUUCAACUGAAGAUGACGAGCAAGAACUGUUCAUUCAUGAUCAAGAAAAGGAAUCUUGGUGGUUAUAA